AUGGCAGAAGCCUCUGUCCUUAGUGAAGGCGGCGGCCUGCCCGUGCUGGACUUCUCGGCGUGGAGAGAAGGAAGGACUCAAGCAGACCGUGUCCAGGUUGCCAAAACUUUAGUAGACGUCUGUCGCAGGGUCGGUUUCGUCUAUAUCACCAACCAUGGUCUUCCUGCCGAGCUAGUCGAGGAGGCAUUCGGAUGGACCCAUAAGCUCUUUGCCCUGGACCAGGACAAGAAGAUGCUGGCACCUCAUCCAGAUGGCGCCAAAGUGCAUCGAGGAUACUCCUGGCCCGGCCUGGAGAAAGUUUCCCAGCAGGCCAGCGAGAAAGAAGAUCCGGAGCUCGCGAGUCUGCUUAGACAGACGACCGAUCACAAGGAGAGCUAUGAGAUUGGCAGUGAGGAGAACACCGAGCAGCCCAACGUGUGGCUACCGGAGGAUGUCCUGCCGGGGUUUCGGUCAUUCACCACCCGCUUUUACUGGGAGUGCAACGGGGUGGCGAACUCGAUAUUGUCUGCGAUUGCGCUGGGGCUCGGUCUGGAUGAAGAUUUCCUGCUGAGAUUCCAUUCAGGACACAACAAUCAGCUGCGUUUGUUGCACUAUCCGCCCGUCGAGGCUGCUUCGGUGGCCAGUGCUGCUGUUGCAAGAAUGCCGGCUCACACGGAUUGGGGUUCGGUGACUAUGCUCUUCCAGGACGAUUGUGGUGGCUUGGAAGUCGAAAACCCACACAAACCUGGCCAGUUUAUCACGGCGACCCCGAUCAAGAAUGCGCUUGUGAUGAAUGUUGGCGAUCUCCUGAUGCGGUGGAGCAAUGACGACCUGAAAUCGACGCUACACCGAGUGACGCUGCCACCAGACCAAGAUCGAUAUACUGGCCCACAUCGGAUGACCAGAGAUCGAUAUUCGAUUCCGUUCUUCGUGAGUCCGGACUCGCACUCGAUUAUUGAAUGUCUUCCAGCUUGUACGGACGCGAAUCGCCCCAUCAAGUACGCUCCAGUACUCCAAAGCGCAUACCGAAUCUCUCGGGCCAACACACAGUAUCAGUCGAGGGCGACCACCGUCACCACUGUCACGGCUGUCGCCGCAUGA